UAUAUAAAUACAAUGAAAAAAAGUUUAAAUAUUACUAAACGUUUCAUAAAUUAUAAGUUGAACGUGUAUAUAUAUAUAUAAAACAUAUAUAUACACAAAUACCAUCAAAUGACAAUAUGUGAUAUAACCUCUUUUUUAGUAAAAGAAGAUGCUAUCUUUGAUUAGAUAUCUAAAUAAUCGUAAAUUUUUGAGUCUUAUUUGUAUUCCUAUUGCUGCUGUUGGAUAUUAUAUAGAAGGACUUCUAUCUGAUCGUUAUACACCUCCAACUGCACCAAUAAUGGAACAACGUGAAGAAAGAUUAUUAGCCAAUAUGAAUUCUAUGCCUGAUGAAAAAAGGCAUUCUCCAUUGGAAAUUAAUCUUCCACCAUCAUUAUCUGUAUAAUUAUUAGCAUAAACUAAGUAUUUAUGAUCAGAAAAAUGUAUAAUAUAAAGAAAAAAUUUAGUUCCAAUCAUAUAAAACCAAAAAUAUAAUUUUAAUAUAUGAUUA